CAAGAAGGAAUAUGGCUGAAAAGUAUCCACAAAGUCAAACAGAUGAUCAAAAAUUUGAUACAAAAACAACAGAAAAACCGAGAUGUUCCCCAAAUCUUCUAGUAGCAGCCAUUGACUUUGGAACCGCAUACUCAGGUUAUGCAUAUUCAUCACGAGUUGAUUUUGUUAAUGAUCCUCUCAAUAUUAAGGCACACAAAUGGAGUCAAAGUUUAAAAUCACACAAAACUCCAACAUGUGCUUUGUUCAAUAAAGAUAAGAAACUAGUGGCAUUUGGAUAUGAGGCUGAAAAGCAAUUCACAGAAUUAACAGAUGACGACAAACACCAGGACUAUUAUUAUUUCCAAAGAUUCAAAAUGAAUCUUUUUACUGAAAGCGAAGAUAGGAGAAAAAAGAAGGGUCUCACUAUUAAGUCAAUGAUACGUGACAUCAAAGGAGAUGAGAUGCCUGCCAUUGAUGUAUUUUCUGCAGCUAUAAAUUACAUGAAGGACUGCCUUUUUAAAGAGCUUAAAGAAGAAAAUGAUGAGAAUGCAGAGGAAGCGGAAAGUAUUCGUUGGGUUUUGACAGUUCCAGCUAUUUGGGAUGACGAUGCAAAACAGUUCAUGAGAAAAGCUGCAGAAAAGGCAGGUAUUAGAAAAGAGUGUCUGACCAUAGCAUUUGAACCAGAGGCAGCAUCCAUGUACUGCAAACGAAUACCUUUAGUAAGGCUUAAUGACACAAGUGAGGAAUUUGAAAUCUUCAAGCCAGGCAAUCAGUACCUCAUUUUGGAUGCAGGAGGUGGAACAGUGGACAUUGCAAUUCAUAAGGUUCUGGAAGGUGAACGCGUUAAAGAGUUGCACAAAGCCAGUGGUGGAGCCUGGGGAGGGACAUAUGUGGAUGAUAAAUUCUUUGAAAUCCUCGAGGAAAUUAUAGGGAAAAAAGAGCUUGAAAAUUACAAGAUAAAAUGUCUUUCUGAUUACAUUGAGUUACACCAGAAUUUAGAAAUAAAAAAACGUGAUGUUACCACUACAAGCACUGAAGUUUCCUUUAAAAUUCCUCCUCAAUUAAAACAGAGAUGCAAGUCAUCAAAGAAAUGUAGUUUUGAGGAAUUGAUUUCAAAGUCAAAAUAUGUAGGUGUUUUAACAUGUAAAAGAGAUAAAUUGGAGUUUAAGGAAUCAUUAAUAAAAGAAUGGUUUUCAGUUGUCUGUGAAUCCAUUGUAAAGCAUGUGAAAGAUUUAAUACAAAAGCACAAUAUAGAAAUUAUCUUGAUGGUUGGAGGUUUUUCUGAAUCUAUCUUUCUGCAUGAAACAAUGGUGAAAAAUUUUCCGAAUAAGCACAUUGUUGUUCCAAACCAAGCUGGUUUGGCUGUAUUGAAAGGUGCAGUUUUGUUUGGACAUGAUCCCCAGGUAAUUGCUUCUAGGGUUGCCAAAGUCACCUAUGGUGUAAAUACACUGUCAAAAAUUCAAGAUGACAGAGACGUUCCAGACAAAAGUCGUAUAAGAAUGAUCAAGGAAGUAAAGUAUGAGAAAGAUGUUUUCAGCAAACAUGUCACAAAGGGUGAUGACUUGGUUAUAGAUGAGGCUCAAGAGGAAAAAACCUACUUUCCAAUAUACCCUGAACAGAAAUCAGUUCAAUUCAGUGUGUAUACCUCCACAAAAGAAGACCCAAAGUAUGUAGAUGAAGACGGCUGCAAAAAAUUGGGACAUUUUACUGUAGAUAUUCCAGACACAACAGAUGGCACUGAACGUAAGGUUCAUGUCCGAUUUAUCUUCGGAGGAACAGAGAUCAAAGUCCAAGGUGUUGAUGAGAAAACGGGGAAUGUCAAUGAGCGCACGUUUGAGUGGUCUGAGAAUGCGGAAGAAGAAUGUUUUGGCAUGGCAGUUGAAAUGGGUGAAAGUUGAUGAGAAAGCUAUUCCCCUUUUAUUUAGUAAUCGACCAUUAACCAUGUUUCUGUCUAUGUCAACAAAAUCAUUUGUAUUUACACUUACUACAUAAAAUUGAAGGGAAAGAGAAUAGAAAGAAAUUUAUCAGUUUCCCAUUUAACACACAGUUAAAAUUCUCUUCACAUCAAAAAAUCAGCUCACUUGGACCAUCACUCAGAAAGGCUGUAACACUAAUCUGAUGUAUGAUCAUGAUUGUAAUGGUUUUUGCUAUAAUAGUGGAUGCAUUUUAUUAUAGUUUACUGGGAAGGUGUACAAUUUAUAUAAUUUAGAUUCACUAUAUUUUUGUUUAACAAAGUUGCGAGGGUUUUACAAUGAACCGGUAAUGUUUUGACUGAUUAGUCAGUCAGUCAAUCAAUCCAUCAGUCAAUCAGUUCUUCAUUCAUGUUUUUUUUACAGUAAGCACAACUCCUCUUAAACUGCUGCUCGGAAUUUCAUGCUACUCCAUAGGCAUUUAGGACUAAAUGUGUAGAUGUGCAUAUUACGAUAUUAGGAUAUUCCGAUUCUAUUAUUUUUCUGGAAAUUUCGGCCCUUUUGGCCCUAUGUUGAAUAUAGUUAUAAAUAGUUCGUAAGCACAACUUCUCUUUAACUGCUGCAUGGAAUUUAGUGGAACUUUGUAGGCAUUUAGGACACAACAUGUAGAAGUGCAUAUUAACAGGAAAUUUAGAUUCUGUUAUCUAUCUGGAGAUUUGGCCCUUUUGAAAUUAGAAUGCUUUAAGUUGUUAAAAACAAAGGAAUAGAUGUGCAUUUUUUGCGAGUUAUACCUGUAAGAGGGUGGAAUUUGAAUAAUUAUUUUAUUUUGAUAUUUAUUGAAUGUUUAUAUAAAAAGAAAAGUGUCUGUGUUUUUGGGGAUUGAACCGGGUGCCUUUGGUGUGUGGGCUUGUGACUUGUACCACUAGGCUAAGUCAGAUUUAUAUUUAUAGCAUAUCUUUAUUAUCGAAAGUACAUUUAGGUUUUUGGUUAAUUAUUUUGUGAUGUCAUAGAAAGAAUAGCAUUCUAGGUAAUUCUUGCUUAGCUCAUUUUCAUUGUCCAAGAGAAAGGCAAAGAGAGAAGUCAAGAAAUUUAACAUUCACAGUGUGUCCUUGCUUAGGUAUGUGUAUUUGUUAAUUUCUUUGCUUAUUGCAAUGAUAGUGUGUGCUUAAACAAGUUUUAAUUAUCUAUUUAAUAUUGAGAUAUAUAAUUUUGUAAAGUUUUUGAAUGAGAAUAGAAAAAACCUGUAUUUACAUGUAUUAGACAAAGGAAAAGGGUAAUACUAUAGAUAAAUGAAUGUAAUAAAGAGUAUUGGGAGUGUAUAAUUUCGAUAUUUACAUUGUAUAUUACAAGUGUGAUAAAUAGAUUUUUAUUUGAAUUUUUAGGAUCUGUCAACAUCUAUGUAUAUAAGGAAAUAAAGAACCUCAACACAAUAUUCGGAGUGUUACAUACCCUUAUC